GCAACCACUAACACUAAUCAGUUAGACUCCACUCUAUCCAGAAAUGAGAAAAGUGAAAACACGACGUCGUUAACGAAAACGAACCCUAUUUAUUAUCGGCAUUGGAAUUUGGAAACUGGAACCCCCAAUCCAAGGGUACGAAGAAGGAUGACAGCGCUGGUGAGAAGAGCAGUGAUGAAGCUCAGUCUCCAAUUCCAAACCCCUUCUUCUCUGUCUCUCUCUCCUUCUUCCCUCUCCAUUUCCAAAACACCAACACCACCCUCUCUCUUCUCUUUCCGCCACCCUCUUUCCCAUUCAACCCACGCUUCCAAAACCACCACCAGCCCUCCUCCUUCCUUCGAAUUCCAGCUAUUCAUCCCUCCAGGGAUUGAACCCGACGAGGUCAAUGACUCCACGGUCCUUCCCGGCUCCAACAUCGCCGUCGGACCCUACGCCGGCGAUUCCCACAUCAAGGACGUCCAGUUCGUAAAGAGCAGCGCCCGCGCCAGGGAUUGCCCAAAAGACAACCGACCUGAAUUCGCCGUUCUUGGUCGCUCCAACGUCGGAAAAUCCUCCCUCAUCAAUUCCCUCGUCCGCAAGAAAGAGAUUGCUCUCACUUCUAAGAAACCAGGGAAGACGCAGCUCAUCAAUCACUUCCUGGUCAACAAAAGCUGGUACCUUGUUGACUUGCCUGGUUACGGCUUUGCUAAAGCACCUGAAGCUGCUAAAACGGAUUGGUCCUCAUUCACAAAAGGGUACUUUUUGAACAAAAGUACUCUGGUCGCUGUCUUGCUGCUCAUUGAUGCAAGUGUUCCACCUCAAAAAAUUGACUUGGAUUGUGCAAAUUGGCUUGGACGCAAUAAUAUACCGAUCACUUUUGUUUUCACAAAAUGUGACAAAAUGAAGGUGGCAAAGGGGAAACGGCCCGAUGAGAACAUAAGGGAUUUUCAAGAGUUAAUCAGACAAAACUACAAGCAACAUCCCCCAUGGAUUAUGACCAGCAGUGCCACUGGUAUGGGCAGAGAUGAGCUUCUCUUGCAUAUGUCUCAACUAAGAAACUACUGGGAUCAGUAGGAGAAAAUGCUCAAAAUUAAGCAAGAUGUGACUAUCCAUGAGAAAACAGGCCAUGCAGGGUCAAAGUUGAACUUGUAAAAGAUGCAACUAUAUGGAAGAGUCAUGUGAAAGAGCUAUGGGUUGGGUUGAGCCUUGAAAUAUUUCAGCUGGAUCUUUGAUCAGGAUUCAGGAUCUUUGUUCUUCUUGAACUGCAACAACAUAUACAACUUACUUGGGAAUCAAGUUUGAGUUGUUUCUGGAUAAUGAAUUUCCACAUACUGACACUGAGUAUUAGGGUUAAUGGUCACGUUAUAUGCAAAUGGGGAUAAAACAUCACAGGAAAUGUUGUAUGCUUUCAACUGGGAUAUAGUAUCGUGCUGGCUUUAUUUAUCCGUAGUUGCCUGAAUACAUAUUUUGGGGUACCAUUGCUUUGGCAAGGGUAAGGCUGCGUACAAUAUCCCUCCCUCAUACCUUCGCAUAGCGAAGAGCCUCUGGGCAAUGAGGUACGCUAGUUUAUUGCUUUGGCAUUAAAGAUUUUCUGGAGCAAAACUAAUCUUUUUGCAAUAUGUAAACAUUGUAAAUGCUUUGAUGUAUUUUUAGAGGCUCGAAUAAUAAUGUUGCCAAGUGUGCGCAUGUUUGAGAAACCGUCCGAAUUGCUGUGGUGUUCAUUCUGAAGCACCUUCAACGCAUAAGGGGUUUCUUCCUUUUGCCAACGCAGUCGAACAAACAUACUCUGUCAUUAUUCCACUAAUAGGAUUUCAGAUUAUGUUUUUUAAGAAUGCA